AUGUUGCCUUCUCAAGGAGUACUCCUGCAUCCCUAUGGCGUGCCUAUGAUUGUUCCUGCAGGCCCCUACUUUCCCGGACUGAUCCAGGGUAAUCAGGAAGCAGCAGCUGCCCCGGACACCAUGGCUCAGCCUUACGCUUCGGCCCAGUUUGCUCCCCCCCAGAACGGCAUCCCCGCGGAAUACACGGCACCUCAUCCCCACCCCGCACCAGAGUACACGGGCCAGACCACCGUCCCGGAGCACACGUUAAACCUGUAUCCUCCCGCCCAGACGCACUCCGAGCAGAGCGCAGCGGACACGAGCGCGCAGACCGUGUCCGGCACUGCCACACAGACAGAUGACGCAGCACCGACGGAUGGCCAGCCCCAGACACAACCUUCUGAAAACUCAGAAAACAAGUCCCAGCCCAAACGGCUGCAUGUCUCCAACAUCCCCUUCCGGUUCCGAGAUCCGGACCUCCGACAAAUGUUUGGCCAAUUUGGUAAAAUCUUAGAUGUUGAAAUUAUUUUUAAUGAGCGAGGCUCAAAGGGAUUUGGUUUCGUAACUUUCGAAAAUAGUGCCGAUGCGGACAGGGCGAGGGAGAAAUUACACGGCACCGUGGUAGAGGGCCGUAAAAUCGAGGUAAAUAAUGCCACAGCACGUGUAAUGACAAAUAAAAAGACUGUCAACCCUUAUACAAAUGGCUGGAAAUUGAAUCCAGUUGUGGGUGCGGUCUACAGCCCCGAAUUCUAUGCAGGUACGGUGCUGUUGUGCCAGGCAAACCAGGAGGGAUCUUCCAUGUACAGUGCCCCCAGUUCACUUGUAUAUACUUCCGCAAUGCCCGGCUUCCCGUAUCCAGCCGCCACCGCCGCGGCCGCCUACCGAGGGGCGCACCUGCGAGGCCGCGGCCGCACCGUGUACAACACCUUCCGGGCUGCGGCGCCCCCGCCCCCGAUCCCGGCCUACGGCGGAGUAGUGUAUCAAGAGCCUGUGUAUGGCAAUAAAUUGCUGCAGGGUGGUUACGCUGCAUACCGCUAUGCCCAGCCUACCCCUGCCACUGCCGCUGCCUACAGUGACAGUUACGGACGAGUUUAUGCUGCCGACCCCUACCACCACACACUUGCUCCAGCCCCCACCUACAGCGUUGGUGCCAUGAAUGCUUUUGCACCCCUGACUGAUGCCAAGACUAGGAGCCAUGCUGAUGAUGUGGGUCUCGUUCUUUCUUCAUUGCAGGCUAGUAUAUACCGAGGGGGAUACAACCGCUUUGCUCCAUACUAA